AUGGAGGAGGACAGCGGCGAGAAGGUCAGGAAAGCGAAAAAGGAGCGACGCAAGGACAAGGACAAGGACAAGGACAAGGACAAGGACACCGGCAGUGGCGCGGGCGGUGGCGGUGAUGCCGGAGACAAGCUGAUGCCGCCGGCGGCGCCACAGCUGGGCAGCAGAGGUUCGUCGUCGACGCGGCGCGAAGAGGCGCGGGCCAACCGGGAGAAGCGGGCCAAAGAGAACAUCGAUCACACCAACAACCGGGAAGAGGGCGCGGCCAAGGUGGAGUGCGACGGUGAGUCGUCGCCCGGCGCGGCGUCGGCGUCGGCGUCGGUGAGAGAGAGCCAGCGGAUCCGCACGAAGCAGCGGAAGAACGCGGAGAAGGGGAAGGAGAGGGAGAAGGGUGGCACGGACCUGUCGACGUCGACCACGCACGUGGUGUCGCAGUCCGGCUCGUCGUCGUCGACACCGCCGGCCAUCCCGCACCUCUCGCUGUCCUUGCUCCACGGCCACCCGUCGUCGGCGCCGACGCCGCUCAGCCAGUUCGCGGCGUCGGGCGGUUCGCACGGCACGACGCACUGGCUGCGGCGGAACAAGGAGAUGAUGCUGGUCAAGUGGCGCACGUCGCUCCGCACGUUCCUGAGCGAGGUGGAGGACGAGGACGGGGUCGAGGCCGAGCAGACCAACGAGGACAUCUCCAAUCGCGUGCGCAUCUACAAGCGCGCGUCGGCCGACUACGAGGCCCAGCGCGUCGACCGCUGGUCGUGCCGCCUGUGCAGCAUCAUCAACGAGGCUCCGCGAAACACGUGUCAAGUGUGCGGCAGGCGACGGCGCAGCUCGACAGCGCGCAUGAUCGAGGAUGACGACGAUGACGACGGCGCCCCACGGCGAAACACGCUCACCAGCGGCUGCCCGGUGGCCAAGAUCGCCGAAGGAGCCGCCUGCGUCUGCAGGAAAUGGCGAACACUGACGGACGACCAUUGCCUCUGGAACACGCUCAUCGUCUCGCACGCCUCCCGACUGUUGGGUCUGUGGGAGGCCAAACGAAUACUCGAAGGCGAGGAAGAGGAGGAGGUGGAAGAAGGCGGGGAGGAGGUGCUCUACUACCACAUCAACGGUGGUCGAUUCAAGGCGGCCUCACUGGAUCGAUUGCUGGACAUGAUCACCUCCGGCGACGAUUUGGACCUGAACGAGCAGAAGGCCUUCCUGGCCACCUACCCAUCGUUCACGACCUCCGAAGUGCUACUCGCCAAGAUCAUCGGAUUGUACAAUAGAGUCGCCCGAAGAGCGGAGCGACACGAAGAAGAGCGAAGCAAGGGCAAGAGCGGGGACGAGGAGGCCCCCGAAGCCGCCCGCCGCCCAGUCACUCUGUGCCUAGGAUCCAUGUCCCUCAAGACGUCGACGAGGCAUCUGAUCCAGGAGGGUGGAGUGGACGGCGAGGGCGACUCGGAUGACAGUUCCUCGGGCGAGCAUCAGCUUCCGUCGACACCUCGCAAGCGCGGACAGACUAUCAACACACCGCGCGACAAGCCAGAGAACAGCGUUUGGCGGACAGCCAAGGCUGAGAGCGACACAUACAGCAAGGACAAGGCGGCGCUGUAUGCCAGCGGAGGAGCCCUUCCGACACGCAAAAAGCCGAGCGCGAGCGCAAUUUUCGUGGGAGAGUCGCGGGGGAUCAAGGAGCAGCCGCGAGCAAUUCUCAUUCCGCCCCCGCCUCCCCCUCCCCCACCGCCUCCCGCGGUCACGGUCGUUCACAAAACGCAACGAAUCAAGAACAUAAUCGUCAAACCAGCGAAGCAGCCGAACGAACAGCCGGAUAUCGAUGCAGACACAUUCGCAAAGCAGGCCCGCAUCUGUUCGGUGCUCAAGAAGUGGGUGGAGGCCAACUACGAGGAGCUGCCGAGGGGUGUCGUCGACCUCCUCCUCGCGUUCGUGCGCGGGCGCCUCCUGCGCCAGCGCCAACCGGCCUACGCUCCCAUGGCCCACUCGUUGGUGAUGUCGAUCACGAGACGGGCUCGCCUGUUGCGCGGAGAGGAGCUCGGACACGCCAACAUAUUUCCCCAGAUGCCGCCUGAGCCCGAAGUGCCCCGUAAUAUUUGCAGUCCGACGCUGUCGCUGUGGGACGUGCCGGCGUUGGAGAUCGCACGACAACUGACGCUGAUCGAGUUCGAGCGCUUCAAGGCCAUCCGCGCAUCGGAGCUAUUCGGCCAGGCCUGGUCCUCUGCCCGCAAUCGACACAAAGCGCCGCACGUGGUCGAGAUGAUCAUUGCGUUCAACGAUUUCUGCAUGUGGGUGUCGACCACUUUGCUGAGCUACGAGCGGAUCAAGGACCGAGUGAAGUGCAUGGAGACAUUCGCAUCGAUCGCCAAGCACCUGUACAAUCUCAAGAAUUUUAACACGCUCAUGGCCCUCCUAGCUGGGAUCAGGUCUGGCCCGGUGUACCGGCUGGCCUACACCCGAGCCGAGGUGUCACGCAAGGCCGACAAGACGCUGGAGCACCUCAACUUGCUCAUGCGCGGCGACAACGCCUACAAGACCUAUCGUGACGUGCUGAGUCAAUCGGCGCCGCCGUGCAUUCCGUACCUGGGCGUGCACCUGUCCGACCUGACGUUCAUCGAGGACGGCAACCCGGACACCAUACGCGGGCUCAUCAACUUCACCAAGCGGCGCUUCCUCUUUCGAGUCAUCUCCGAGAUCUCGCGCUACCAACAGAACGCCUACAACCUCCACCCGGUGCCUCAAAUCCAGAGCCUGUUAACCAACUUUACGAUGAAAAAAGACGACGAGCUCUACGACCUCUCCCUGCAGCGAGAGCCUCGCGACGCCGAGCGAAAGGAUAUCCUGUAA